GACAUGUUACUUGGACAUAUCAGACACUCACCUGAACAAGGGAAAUGGCAGAACUUUAUAGAAGCUUUGGAUAAUAAUGGUUAUAGUGCGAUCGUCCAGCUGCUUAACUCAGAGACAGAAAAUGAUACAGAAGAUAAAAGAAAAUUACUUGCUCUUAUGUCAAGACAGCUUGUCUACAACAUCCAUGUUGAUGAAUUUUUAGAUUUGCUGUUUGAGGCAGAACUAUUGAAUGAAGCAGACAAAGAGAUUGUUGAAUCAGAGAAAAGGAACAACGGUCUUUUAGCGGCUGCUCAUAAAAUAUUUAACAUUAUACCAACAAAAUCUCAUGAGUGGGUGCAACGGUUACCAGACAUACUGAAAAAGUGUGGCCUGGGAGAUGUUGCUGAGUUAUUGUCGUUUUUAGAGGAUCGUCAGAUGUCACCCGUAACAGACGAGACUGAUCUGAAGAAAGUUAAAUGCAACCACAAGAAGUUUCACCACGAGGCUAAUCACCAUAGCAACAGUAGAUAUCGUCAUGAAAUGCAUUACGAAACAAUUCAUAACAGAGUAAGCAGCACAUAUGAUAUGUGUAAAACUACCAGAGUUAUAAAUGAACUUGGACACCAUAUAAAAGUAAUUGAGGGAAAGGCCGAUUUGCACAGCUGUGCUUUAAAGGAAUUGACCAUUGCUCAACAAAAGGACAUUAAUGAAUUAAAGCGUAAUUUCACUGAUCUAACAAACAUGGUACAUCAUCUUAGAAAUCAAGAUUUUGAUAUCGAAAAAGAACUAAAAUGUCAAAGAGCUCUUAUUAAAAAUAUGGAACAAAUGCACCGGCAAGAAUUCAAUGAUUUGAAAAAGUCUUUGAGCGAAAUAAGAUCUUUAAUCUCUGACCUGACAAAAGUAGUUUCUCCAUCCCCACCAGAAGCUUGCAAGAUUGCAAUAAAUGGAUGCACCGCUGAUAGCGGGUUUUCUGGUGGGUUGGGUUCAAUACCCGAAGAUGAUUUUGACAGCGAAAUAAACUCAGAGUUCGGUUUACUUGGAUUAGAGGAAAACUGCACAAAAUUAUAAAAUGUAAUUAAGGCAUUUUUAUCUAAAGUGCUGAAAAUAUUAAGACCGAUUGUGCUUAAUAAUAAUAAUAUGGUCUAAUAAUAAAGCUGUCUGUUUUUCUUCUCAUUUUUUAGAAUACUGAGUUAUUUUGUUCAAUAUAACAGCAAUCUAUAUAAAACACAUUAUCUGCCUUGUACCAGUACUUAACCGUAUUUGGAGUGGUGCAAAACAAUGUUAUAAAGGCAUAUAAUAACUUAUAAGAAAUAUUAACCUGUAAGUAAAGAAAACAUAUAAAUGACACACCUCUCUAUCGAUCUUGAAAGGAGAGAUUCUAUAUUUGUGAAUACAUGUAUAUUAAUUGAUUUAAAUUAAAUUUCUUAAAAAUGUAUUUGUUUUUAACUAUUUUACUAACAUGUUUGUAUUAAAAGACUAAUGAUACAUGUCAAAGGAAAACAAAAAUAAUAUUUCAGUUUUGAACAGGAAUCAGGUUCAUUUCACUCCAGCUUUUUUAUGCUCAUUUGAAAUCAUGCUAAAGUUGGGUUGUUUCUGUAUACUGUGAUAUGUUAUGAAUUUUAUAAAAUCAAAGUAUAAUAAAGAAGAUGAGUUCAAUUACUGAAAUAAAUCUAUCUUAUUCGA